CCAAAACAAAGCACGGUCAACAUGCAGUGGCAGAUUCUGGAUCGCUUCCGCAACUACACGGACCCCUGGCGGCCACUCUCAUAUGCUGUUUGGGCCGUCUAUGCCACCGCCAGGGACGCCCUCCUCGGGGGACGGGGAUCUGGUGCCGCUCGUAGCCCCGCGUCCUUUAAAGAGUCAGCCUUUUACCUGUGGUUCAAAACCAUAAACCACCACUUCAUCGAGAUCGAGUCCACGAGGACGCCGGUCCCGCAGUUGGUGCCACAGGCCAGCGGGCUCGUCCUGGAGCUCGGCCCCGGCAUGGGCAACCAGCUCCGCCGCUUCGACAAGUCCAAGCUGACGCGCGUCGUCGGCGUGGAGAGCAACGCCCAUUUCGCGCCGGACAUCCUCCUCGAGGUCAAGGAGCGAGGGCUGGAAGACGUGUACGAGCUCCUCACCGGCAGCGUCGACGACAGGGGCGCGCUCGAGCGCCGCGGCAUCGUCGCCGGGAGCGUCGACACCGUGCUGAGCAUACAGGUGCUGUGCUCGGUGCCCGAUCCCGAGGCCACGAUGCGGGAGCUGUACGGCUUGCUCAAGCCCGGCGGCAGGCUCAUCUUUUGGGAGCACCACCGCAGCUCCGACUGGCUCACGGUGGCCAUGCAGUGUUGGUUGACACGAGUUACACCCCCGUCACUGGUCGUGCACAGCUGUUCUGACGGAGACGACAGAUCUAUGGAACCCAAUCUGGAGCCAAUUCAUCGGCUGCCACAUGACGCGUGACAUCCUGGCGGCCAUCGCCGCGGCAGGCGAAUGGGAGAACCUGGACAGCAUCGAUGGGGACAAGAGGACUUGGGCCCUGAUGCCGAGAGCAUGGGGGGUGCUGGUGAAAGCCAAGGCGUCCGAGUGAUGUUUCUAACAAUAAUUGGGGAAUAGCACCGACGUUUUUGAUGGGCUCACAAUAUGUCGCUCCUCGGGGGCGCAUUGGGGCGGUCGAUGAGAAGAGUGACUCAUGGAGAUCUUGUAUUGCGACCACUCACGUUCACGGCGCGUAUCUACAGCCUCGUCUUCAAGUCAAAGUAAAACAGGUUCCGAUCAUCGUCUUUCCGCACGAAACCGGCACGCCCGACAUGCUCGGUCGACGUGUUGGCCAGCUGCGCGAGCGUCUGCUCGUCCUCGUGGUUGGCCAGGAAGCGCUCCCCCGAGCCCUGCAGCUUGCCGACGAUGAGACCCAGUGACGGCGCGCCCUGCCGGUCGUACUCGAUAGUGUACGUCUGCAGGAGAGGAAACAAACGCCAUUAGCAUAAAAACGCACUCGACACAGGGGGGCUGGCUGAGUUCGGGUGUGUGAGCAGGGCGUACUUCGAUGGUUGCCGGGCCUUCGGCAGACUCGGUGAACGGCUGCGACGACUCGUCGAUGAUGAGCGGGAGGGGGUUCCGGCUUGGGUACGCGCGCCCG